AGUAGAGUAAGGCUACAGAGGUAAGAGGAACAAACUCGAAAAGGUAUCUUUAAAAUUUUUAUAUUGAUAUCAAUGCAGAUUUUGCCUUCCGUCUAUUGAUCAAUAUAGCAGAUACCUGCUUUCUUCAUUAUACUAAAACUGCCUCUGUUUCUUUUUUUUAUACAUUGAAAUAAUUCACGUUGGACAGGUGGCAUCCAAUGUCUAUGCGAUAAUGAAUUAUCUGGACUCCAUGGGAUUUUUAAUAAUCACGUUCAACUACAAUGUGACUCCAAUUGGUAAGUAAAAAACAGAAUAAGAUCUGCUAACAAAAUUAAUUGUGAAACAGUGAGAUAUUUCUUUUUAAACAUGGAAAUGGGGUGAUUUGAAAAGAUGACAGGGUUACGAACUAAUUUGUAAAUUGAAAAGACAUUUAAAGUGAGUUCAAAGUGAAUUAGCAAAUUUGCCGAUUAAGAAGCCAAACUUUUUAAAAGCAGCUGACUUAGAAUAUUUCCAAUUUAACUAUUAUGGCCGAAAAUUUGAUAUUUAGUUUGAACUCACUUGGAUUACCUAGCAAUUCACAAAAUUCAGGUCGAAAUAGCAGAAUUGGAAACACUUAGAGGGUUAUUCGUUACAGUGAGUAUUUGAAGUGAAUUUUAAAUUGUGAUCUUCUAAAAAGCUGAAAUUAAAAAAAAAAUAAUCUUUAAGUCGCCCAAAUUUAUAAUUUGGCUAUUUUUGCCUUAAAUUUGAAAUUCACUUUGAAUUCACUCUUUAGUAAAUAGCCCUAUACAACCAGCGAUUUUGUUGUUGUUGUUUCGGCUCAUUCUGUUUACAUUCAACAUCACUGUUUAGUUAAUAGACCCCAUUGCGAUUUGUGAAUAAUACCAUGUUAAAUCCUACAUGCUUCAUCUGUUAUACAGACCAGAAUCAUGUAAACAUGAGCAUUUAGUCUUUAGUUUAUUAAUUACUAGACAUCUGCAGGAAUGAAGGAAACUAUGUAUAAUAUGAAUACUGGUCAAUAUUACAAAUUCUGGUAGUUUUAAAGUUGUUGGAGUUAAUUAAAUUAUGCAAUAAAAUGUUUUUAGGCUAUGUAUCUGUUUAUUAGAUUGUGUUGGUGCAUUUUUAUAAGAAUGAAGUGGAUUCCCUCUCGUAGCCACUAUUAUAAUUUAAAAUAAUAUGACAUAUUUUGACACUACCAUUAAUUGUGAAUAUACAUAUAUCAAUAAUACAAACAAUGUACAUGUGCUUAAAUCAGUUUCAGCAUAUUUGCAAAUAUUGCCAUUUUAAACAAAAGUAUACUUUAAGAAAUGCGUACACGUUUAUGUGUGUUCAGUAAAUGUCUCAAAUGUAGUGAUAUAAAAUUAAGAUGCUGAAUUACUCUUAAUAUAGACAUGACUGUGUGUGGAUAGUUGAUGCUGUGUGACAGAGGUGUAGGAUAAAAGGUUUUAUUUUAUUUUCACUAAACAGGACAUUGAGGUGAGUUGACAACCGACAUUUAAAAUGUAACCAAAAAUAGUUACAGUGGUAAAAAUCCCAAUUGACUGAAUUAAAGAUUUUAUUCCAAAAAUCAUUCUUGGUCUAAACUGUAAAACAAAAGUUUCACUUUUCUGGGUAUACCUCUAUUGCUAAAUAAUGCAACAGAGGUGUGGGAUGGAAGCUCACGUGUCACAGACUUUUGGAGAGGCUUAAAGGCUAGCCUUGCCACAGACUAUGGGCCUGGUUGCAAGAGCUCCUAAAAACUCUUGUCGCUCCUAUUGUCACUGUGGGAAGAAAUAUGGGGACGCUGGAGGCUUACUGUGCUUCCCAGCUUGAUUUGAGGAGUUCUGGGUAUUGCUUGAACUUGUUUUACACAUGCAGCACCUGACCAGGAGAUACCCUGAAACAAUCUGGAACGCUUCCUCGGAUCGGAACUGUGCCGAGGUCUGGUCAAUUUUUAAGUGGGGUAUCGCUCAGUCCCCCUCAACCAACAAAUAGAUUGAUUCUGAUUCAAAUGAUCAAUUGUUAUACAAAUAUAUAUUUUCAAAUGAUUUAGCUACAGAAGUCAGCAUUACAGUCUAUGAGAAUUGUUGCAGAUAAAUCAUUACAAAAGAUUCUUCUAACAGGUUGAAAUAAUUUCUGAUUCUGAUUCAAACAAAUUAAAUUGAUGCCAUUAUCUCGAUAGUUUAAAAAAAUAUCUGAAAUGUUGUUAUAAUGUUGGAUUGCUUACCUCUGAGUUUUGAAAGAAUAAUUCUUUUGUUUAGAAUCACUACAUUCCAAGUUGGACUUUAUGGUUCCAAUGGAUGUGCUAAGUCCAUAUUCAUGGCCAACUUUGAUAUUACAAAUUGAUCUUCAGUUGGCCUCAUGUGUUCACUGGUGUUUUUAUGAACAGAACCCAUUGCUCUUGUGUUGCACAAAAAUAUGUAGUCUACUGUUUCCCCAUAGCGAGAUGUUGCAAUAAAAUACUAUAUGGGACACGCAUAUAAAUGCUAGUAAAGAUGCCUGUAUACUCACUUGGCUGUGCACAUAAAGGCAAAAUCCAAUCUAAACAAAUAGAGGUUGCACUCCACCACCGGAGAAAUACUGGUAGAAAAUAGAAUCUUCUCUUUAUUAAAUGUCCAUGUAAGUAUAAACAUGUUGCAAUAUCUGCAGAUCAAGAGAAUAGAUUACACAAUGUGCAAGAGGCGUUGAGAGAAAUACCACACAGCAAGCGAAGCGUGUUUCACGUCUGCAAGAGACACUCUUAGAUACCAGCUGUUGCAUCUGAUUGUGUAAAUCCUUUGAUAGGGCUUGAAAUUACCACUCGUGGAACAGUAGAAAUUCACCCCAUGGACCCCUCAGGCUUGCAGUGGAGCAUAACUUUUAAGGCUAGGCUAGUAGUGUAGGACUUGUAAUGUAAAGCCUUGCUUAAAUAAAUAAUCCCUCUUAAUCAUCCUCGUCUUCAGCAAGACACAAAUGCUUGUUUUUUCCUUUUAUGCCUUUUUCAAACAUUAUAUACACUAUGAACUAUCAACUAUCAGAAAAGCUAUUUCAACAAAUAACUCUUAGCUGUCCUGUUGCACAGGAUACUGAAAAAGAAAUCCCACCCUACAACAGAUAUAGUCAAAAACACACAAAAUUAUUCACUGAAGUAUAAACUCUCAGGGAUGCUAAGUAGAUUCAAGUGAAUUUUAAAAUUGUAGGCCACAAUAACCAAAAAGUCAGCUACAUUUUAAUUUUAGCUGUUUUGGUUCCAAACUUUUAAGUUCUCAUUUCAUUUUCCAGAAUUCACACUUCAGUAGGUGUUACCAAAAUAAAACAUCCACAAUCCUUUGCAAGCCAGUUUUUGCAUAAAGACUACAUCUAGUCACUGUGUGCAGGGACGUUUCAAUCCACUGUCUGAAUAAUAAUGAUUAUAUUGUAUUGCAGGAAAGAUUUGGCUGACGAUAAUGGUAUUGCUUCGUAUGGCGAUGGCAGUGUUUGCUGGAUACCCGCUCUACCAAGAUGAGCAGGAGAGGUUUGUCUGCAAUACUUUGCAGCCUGGUUGUGCCAACGUGUGCUACGAUAUCUUCUCUCCUGUUUCCUACAUGAGAUACUGGCUUAUUCAGACCGUGAUUGUCUUUUUACCUUAUGCCCUGUUCUGCGUCCACGUUUUAAACAAGGCGACGAAACACAUGACCGUCACAAAUGAUCACUACAGGAAAGAUGACCCCCCUUGUUAUCAUAGUGUAGGUCUGCAUAUGGAGAUUCCUGAUUUCUCCUUGGCCUACACCAUUCAUCUUCUUUUGAGAACUUCGAUUGAGGCCGGAUUCUGUGCCGGGCAGUAUUUUCUUUACGGAAUCUUAGUUCCAAAGCGGUUUAGCUGCUCCCAGUCCCCUUGUACAAGCAGUGUUGAUUGUUACAUCUCAAGACCAACGGAAAAAUCCUUAGUGAUGAUUUUUAUCUGGGCAACCAGUGCAGUAUCUCUUGUACUAGGCAUGCUAGAUCUAAUUCAAGUAAUUCACAGAAAAAGACAAUCCGAGACCUUUAGGAGACAGCUGUUGUUACUGGAAAACGAUUCGAUGAAAGGUGGUUGUUGCUCCAACACGCCUCCAAAUGCAAAACUAUCUGAAACGCCCGAGCAAAUGAUCUCGUAUUCCGAUUGUCCUUCCAACAACCUCAGUCGGAAAAUCAGUGUACACGCAAAAGGAGACUCUCAUUCUCUGCCGUCCUGCGAGGGAGAAACCGCUUCUUUUCAAACAGACAACUCCAAUCAAGAAAUGGGAAAGUCCAACAUGAAUACCAACAGCAAUAAGGCAUGUCCUUGGCAGGUUAGCAUCACGCCACCUAGUGGCAGUGCAAAUACAAGCGAGCAUCACACCAUCAUUCAAAGACAGUUACAUUGUAAAAAAGAACAUUCCAGUGAUCCCAGUCUGUUGAAUUCAACUCAAUCUGAGAGUAACACAACUUCGAAACCCACAAAAUCAGAAUGGGUUUAAUGUAUAUAGGUAGUGGAACUAAUAUUUUUUCCCAUCUAUAACGCCUUCAUAUGUUUCCUUUGCAGCCAUUUCCCCACUAUAUCAACCUCCUGCCCUUGUUGCCCUCUCCAUCCCCAUAAACCAUUUGCCCCUCUGCCAACUACCUGACUUUGAAAUUGUAAAACCUGUGAGUUUUUCACUACCCCUUUAUCUCCCUCCAGCUAUUUCCCCUCUCUCACCCAAAAAGAAACCUUUAUUAUUCUCAAUAGGAGGGUGUAGAUUUGGGGGAACAGGGAAGAGAGGUUGGGAUAUUUUGGUUAUGCAUUGAACCAGUCAUACCAGCAAUAUCUCUCUCCUUCCUUUAUAUGUUAUAUUAAUACUGAUGUGUUUGCACGAUUAAUGUAUUGCUAUGUGAUUUAAACAUUGUAAUCAGUUGACCUGUAGAAUACCUAGCUUUUCUUAUUUUAACAAGUGUUUAAAAAUUACAGGUAGAAAAAACAUAUAUUUCCCGUAGAGAUGCGCGUGAUUCAUUCAUAUUUUAAAGAUGACUUAUUUUGUAGAUGACAAAUGUCCAAGAGAUCUGGUAGUCAAUUCACUGAACUCAAUCAAUCAAAGGAGUGAAAUUCAGACAAUUAUCCUCUAAAGUCGGCAGAAUUCAGCAAUAAUAAGCCAACAAACAGAUGAAGUAAGAAGGAACCUAUAGCUGCUUUAUUUAUCUAUGUUCCUACAAAGCUUACUACAACACCCCGUCUACCUUAAAUGCCUCAAAAAUGAUUCAAGUGAAUUCAAGUCAUCCGUGUGACUAUAUGCAAGUAGGCGAAUAGUGAAUUUGGAGAGUAGCAUUCCUUGUUGUGACCGAGCUGUGAAUGAAUUCUUUUGACUUUUAGCUACAUUAAUAGUUUUAGUAGUAUUGUACCUUAGAGGAAG